AAACAAGUCUUCAAUACAACGCUCGCUAGCUCUCAACGUCUCGCACCGAGCCUCCAACUACCACACCUGCACUCAGUGCCUCCCCUCUACACCCUACACUCUCUCUCUCUCUCUCUCUCUCUCUGCUACUCUGUCUAGCUCUCUCUCUCUCUCGCUCUCUCCCCGCCUGCCACCCCCUCCCGGCUCACCUCCCCCUCCCCUCCCCCCCAGUGUCCCCAAUGCCGAAGAACAGCAAGGUGACGCAGCGCGAGCACAGCCAUGAGCACGUCACAGAGUCCGUGGCCGACCUGCUCGCGCACGAGGAGCUCCUGGACUACAAGAAGAGCUCCCUGACCGUGGGAGGGGCUGCUGGGAAGAAGAGCCCGCUGCCCCCCGAAACCCCGGAGAACGACGGCCGCCCGGCCUGGAACAGCAAGCUGCAGUACAUCCUGGCCCAGGUGGGCUUCUCCGUGGGGCUCGGCAACGUGUGGCGCUUCCCCUACCUGUGCCAGAAGAAUGGAGGAGGUGCCUACCUGGUGCCCUACUUCAUCCUCCUCAUCCUCAUCGGCAUCCCGCUCUUCUUCCUGGAGCUGGCCGUGGGGCAGAAGAUCCGCCGGGGCAGCCUGGGGGUGUGGAACUACGUGUGCCCGCGCCUGGGUGGCAUCGGGGUGUCCAGCCUGAUGGUGUGUGGCUUUGUGGGUCUCUACUACAACGUCAUCAUCGGCUGGAGCAUCUUCUACUUCUUCCAGUCGUUCCAGUAUCCACUGCCCUGGGCUGAAUGUCCAAUCAGGAGGAAUGGAUCUCUGGCCAUUGUGGAGCCAGAAUGUGAAAAGAGCUCGGCCACCACGUACUUCUGGUACCGCCAGACGCUGAACAUCACCAGCACCAUCGCUGAGAGCGGAGGGCUGAACAUCAAGAUGACCCUCUCUCUGCUGGUGGCGUGGAUCAUCGUCUGCCUGGCUGUCAUCAAGGGCAUCGCCUCCUCAGGGAAGGUGAUGUACUUCAGCUCUCUGUUCCCCUACGUGGUGCUCUUCUGUUUCCUGGUGAGGGGGCUGAUGUUGAAGGGCUCCGUGGAUGGCAUUGCACACAUGUUCACUCCCAAGCUGGAGAAGAUGCUGGAGCCCCAGGUGAGGGAGGCGGCCACACAGGUGUUCUUCGCCCUGGGCCUGGGCUGAGGGGUCAUCGCCUUCUCCAGCUACAACAAGAUAGACAACAACUGUCACUUUGACGCCGUGCUGGUCUCUGUUAUCAACUUCAUCACCUCCAUCCUGGCCACACUGGUGGUGUUUGCCGUGCUGGGAUUUAAGGCCAACAUCUUGAACGAGAAGUGUGUCGUGGAAAAUGCAGAGAAGAUCCUGGGCUACCUCAACUCCAAUGUGCUGAGUCACGACCUCAUCCCCCCUCACGUCAACUUCACCCACCUGAGCACCUCGGACUACGCUGAGAUGUACGGGGUCAUCAAGACCGUGAAGGAGGGCGACUUCGCCCAGCUGGGCCUGGAUCCCUGUCUCCUGGAGGAUGAGCUCAACAAGGCAGUCCAGGGUAGUCUGGCCUUCAUUGCCUUCACGGAGGCCAUGACCCACUUCCCCGGCUCUCCCUUCUGGUCUGUCAUGUUCUUCUUCAUGCUCAUCAACCUGGGCCUGGGCAGCAUGAUAGGCACCAUGACCGGUAUCACCACGCCUGUCCUCGACGCGUACAAGAUCAAAAAGGAGAUACUCACAGUGGGCUGCUGCAUCGUGGCAUUCUUCUGUGGGCUGCUCUUCGUCCAACGCUCAGGGAACUAUUUUGUGACCAUGUUUGACGACUACUCUGCAGGUCUGCCCCUCACUGUUGUGGUCAUCCUAGAGAAUGUGUCUGUGGCCUGGAUAUACGGGACCAAAAGGUUCAUGCAGGACCUGGAGGACAUGCUGGGUUUCAGGCCCUACUCCUUCUACUUCUACAUGUGGAAGUACGUCUCCCCUCUGUGUCUCAUCAUCCUCAUCAUAGCCACCGUCGUCGAGUUGGUCAUCAGCCCACCAGGGUACAACGCCUGGGUCGAGGAACUGGCCCAGGAGCGUUUCCAGAGCUACCCUCCCUGGGCCCUGGGCAUGUGCUUCUCCCUCAUCGUGGUCGCCAUGCUGCCCCUGCCCGUCGUGUUCAUCGCCCGACAGUUCAACCUCAUGUCAGACGGCUCCAACAAGCUGUCCGUCUCCUACCGCAAGGGGAUGAUGACGGACAUCUCCAACCUGGAGGAGGUGGACGAGACCCGCUUCAUCCUGGGCGCCAAGAACCCCGGGGAGACACCUUCGCCGAAGCCCGUCAGCCGCGCCUACCUGGGCCCCAUCAAGCCACUGGCCGACCCCAACUCGCUGUCCCCCAACAGCUGCUACGGAACAGGCUACCAGAACGCCAUGAGCCCCCCCUCUCCAAACACGCCCACCACCCCAGAGUCGGACUCAUGAUCACUAGAGGUGAUCAUGAGACCUUUCCAUGACUUGCCGCUCCCCCCCACUACACCCAUAUACAUAUUCACCAAUCAGGACACUUCACCACUCAGCGCCUCCGUGUCUCACUGUCUCCAUUAGGGGGACCUGCAGCACACCUUCACACACAUUCUGAAUGACCUGGUCACGAGUGCACACACACACACACAUAGACUCACCUACACACACAAACCCUAGAGUUUAGAGCAAUCUUUAGCUGAGGCUUCCAAACUAGGAGCCAAACUGUGAAGGCAUCUGAUAUGAGUAUCCCAAAGAAAGACCUUUAGACUAGUAGGAGGACAUUAUAAAUGAUGUGAGGUAUGUACUUAUUUUCUCCACCCACAAAUAACAUUAACUUCGUAAAUGUUUUAUGUCUUGGCUUCUCAUUGCUUCAACACAGGGACCCUCAGUCAGGAAUAACAACAAUCACCCAGGCCCAGCUCUAGGCCCAGUCUCUACACGGCAGUUAACACAUGAGAUACAACCUUCUCUCGAGGAGAAGAGAAAUCUUGUUCUGUUCAGUCCCAAAUGAUUGUAAGCCAUAAACUGUAUAGUAUUAGAUGCAGUGAUACUAAAAACACCCUUGCUAAAUGUGAGUAUUUGUUUCAGGCUAGGUUGAAGCCUGUUUAAGGUUUGUUUUGCAGUUGCCUGUAGGUUUCAAUCCUCCAAGGCCACACAAUUUAUAGCCAUUUGGUGUUGUAGUGUUUUUCUUUUUUUGGUGAGGAAUCUUUCCUUGAGAUUUAAAGUGCCACGCAAUAUUAGAUUGAAAACGGGCAACCUCUCCCCAUAUUGUUUGGAUGUUUUUGCAAUGCCAGCAGUUCGGAGGGAUUUUGUAUGAUGCAAUAUAUUAUCUAUGCUUAAGGCUGCUUUAGAGACAUCAUUGAGUCAAUACACUGUAUGAGACAUUAGCUAUAUACAUGUCAGAAUCAUGUUAGCAUCAUAUUCCUACUUUGUUUCAGUCUCGAUCGUGUUGUCCAAUUGGCUGAUAUUGUUCAAUGUGUAGGAGUUGUAGAAAUUGCUACUACUUUUUUAUGUUAAAUUUUUAUGUCAAAUGUUAUGGUCUAGUGAAACUAUGCUAUGUGUCACAAAAGCAGUCAUACAGACACACAUAUUCCACCAAAGACUGAAAUGUACAUAGCCAGUCAUAAGACACAUGUUGAAUGUGUUGAUCAUCACGUACAUACACCACAGGCAGCAUGACCCUGAACACACAUAGUCCAUGCUGCUGUACUCAGACCGGAACUGUUUAAGGUGUCCAAUUUAAGUGUCUGAAAAGUACAUUAAAAGCACAUUACUUCUCAAAUAUAACUAAUCUCCAGUUUUGCACAGUAACUGUACAGAUCCUUCCCCUGCACAGGUAAACAAAGGCACAGCUUGAGCACAGAACCAGUGAGCACACAAAUAAAUGUCAGGAAGCAUUUAGUCUCAAGAAGGUUUUGCACUAGGCACAAACACUAGAUGCAGCCAAUGUGAUCAUUGUUGCACAGAUACAACUGAAUCCAAUCCAGUUCACAGUGAGAACUUGGUCAAAAGAGCCCCACUGAGCACAACACAAUAAACAACAGCAUUCAAUUCACUUUUUUCUGCUUUGAAUCAAUCAGUUAUGGACCAAAUCACUUGGAUCACUUUUGGACCAAAUUUCCAAUUUGGGGAUAUCUCUAUUGGAUAUCACUAUUAUUAUAUGAUUGAUAUCCAUAUAUUCAUAGGACAAGCAGCACAAGGUUUUAGCACAUUGUAUCAAAGUAUAAUUUAUUAAUAGAACAUGAGUACUUGAUUAGUUCAAACCUCUUAAAGAUAAUGUAACUUGAUCAGUUGAGGCACACCAGACCAUCUGAAUAGAUAAUAACCAGUUACCCCGAGCAUGGACCACCCUCAUGUAACAACAUCACACAUUUAAGACAUUUUCUGAAGAGGUUUCCUUUAUUUUUUUAUCACUGUGUUUAAAGCCAUGGUGUUAAUGAUGAAGAAAUUGACUAUAUUUCUAUUAAUAUAUAUUCUCACUGUGUAUGUGUUUCAUGAAAAAUUAGAAUAUAUCUUUAAAGGUCAGCAAGUGUAUAUUUUCAUUGUGUGAUGUAUAUUUCAUUGUAUAUUUGAAGAUUUCUCUAUUUUGUAGUUUACGUAUGUUCUACUAUGAUUACUGAAGCGUGACAAGAGGACCGAGAGGGAAGGGUUUGUUUACCUUGCUUUGUGAUCCCACUGUAGCCUCGUCAUGUGAUCCUGGUGUGUGGUCAUGUGAUCCUGGUGUGUGGUCAUGUGAUCCUGGUGUGGGGUCAUGUGAUCCUGGUGUGGGGUCAUGUGACCUGGUGUAUGGUGAAACUGAGGAGUAGCACACUGGCUCUUGUUUGUCUCUCAGCUGCUUUACAGGAACUGUGUCCCCCUAGACCAGUCUCCGUUGGUGCACUACCUACUAUCCUACCUGUCUACGUUUGAGGUACUCUAGAACACUCCUGUUUUGUCUCAGGGCUUGGCUGAAGAGCCAGUCCAUCUUGUGAUUGUAUUACAUACAAUUCCUUCUAUCUUAAAGUCUGUAAAUAUGAUUGUGUCUGUGAGAUUCCACAACCAAUAAUCCAAUAAGUAAUGAUUCCAAAAUUAGAUCAAUUUAUUGAAUUAUAUAAAUGUCUUAAAAACGACUGUUUAUUAACAGUCAAGGUGGACAAAGUUACUAUUGAAUGUGAAUAUUACAUGCACUUUUUCACUUGAAUUACAAAAAAUGUUUUGGUUUUGUUUUCUUGUUGCCUAGAAAAUGAUAAGCUCAGUGUUUGCCCUUGCUUGGUCACUGUGUGUUUAAGCAAUAUCUUAUUAUAUAAACUACUGGAGAAACAGCAAGUAAUAGCUGGUUGGAAGGAUAAUAUUCUCUGGGACAAAUUAAUACGAGAGGUAAAGAUUUUCCCCCUCAUACCCAGUGUUGUUGUGAUCUCCGUGUGAGCGUAUAUGUGAAGGUAUGUACAUUUGUCUGAAUGAGGACGUGUAGUAUUUGGUUCCUAAUAAUAAUGAGAUUCCUUUCAAAUCUUGGUGGGUGCAGGUCGUUACCAAGCACAAGUUUCUAACAUGCCCCUUUAUUGUUUAAUAGAGGCACAUUUAGAAACCUCUCUAUGGUUAUCUUAUCACAAAGGAAGUUAUUCCUUAUUAUGUCAUGAAUGUAGAGUAUGUAGGCUUCUUGUGAAAAUAAUAAUUGAGAAUAUCACAAAAAAUACCAAUAAAGUGUAAACAUGUAUCUAUUAUUUGACUUUCACAUUUCUUUUAGAGGCCAAAUGU